CUCUAAAGGGAAAUAUACAUUUUUAAUUAAACAUUCAAAUUUUUUUGGCAACAAAAUGGCAGCGCGGUUGCACACAGCAGCCACUUCUGGUCCUCAAAUAUUGAGCAUGUUACAUUUACAGGACCAAUGGGCACGGUUCCUGCCAUGGGCCGAGUAUGCCCACAGUUUUCUCUUCCAGGUCUCUCCCCAUUCCAGUGUCUCCUCAGGUAUCAACCUCAACCUCCCCUGUUCCCAUGGCACCUUGGUUCCUCUGAUGUCCCUGCUGUUCAUUCCUGGUUGCAGAAAAGCGAAGAGGCCUGGCUUGAGGUUCAGGAGCACCUGCCCAAGUAUCCACCACUGCAAACAGCAGACCGACAAACAUCGCCGCACCCUGACCUUCCAACCAGGACAAAGGUUGUGGCUAUCUACCCGUGAUAUCCACCUUCAAGAUUCCCUCCGGAAAACUCAGCCCCUGCUACACUGGCUCAUACAAGAUCCUUCGACACCUCACCCCCAUCACUUACCAGUUGCAGUUGCCCCCACACUUACGUAUAUGUCCCAUUUUUCAUGUCUCCCUGCUCAAGCCUUACAGCACCUCCCUGAUCCAGGUGUCCUGAGGAGACCCGACACCCCCUCUUGUGGAGGUGGAUGGGGCACCAGCCUACGCCGUCUGUGCCCUUCUGAAUUCCAAGCACCAACACGGGAUCCUGUGCUACCUGGUGAACUGGGAAAGAUACAUGGAAUAAAAGCAGGAAGUUGGAGCUCAAACUAUGGAUUUCGUAGAGACCUCAGCAAUGGCAGCACCAGUCUGGGGGUCAAGGGUGGGACUGAGGUGCAGCAUCAGACCUGAUGUUGCGUUUUCAGGAGGAUCUACCCCAAUACAGUAUGUGCAUUUACAUCUAUUCA